AUGGAGGCGAAGCGGCGCAAGGUCGAUCGGGGCACGAGCCUCAUGGACGUGCUCAAGGCCCAUGGCAUGCGCGUUGUCGAUGGCACCAAACUCAAUAUGGUCGGAAAGGCCAUCGACGUCAUCGGGCCCGUUGUGGCCUCCGUCGCGCGCACGACCACGUGCUUGUAUCUGAGCCAGAACAACCUGGCUUCGCUCGCCGGCCUCGAGCAGUUUGGCCACCUCAAGAUGCUUUCGCUUGGCAGCAAUCUCAUUGUGCGCUUUGACGAGCUCGCGCACAUCACGUCGCCACCUCUCAAGACGCUCCACCUCGUCGGCAACCCGAUAUGCGAGGCGCCCAACUAUCGCGCGCGCGUGCUGCAGAUGCUCCCGACGCUUUCUGUGCUCGACACGCUCGAGAUUUCGGCUAAAGAGCGCCAGCUCGUGCCUUUUCUAAUCGCCCAAGACGCGUCACUGCGGCAGCUCCUCGCGGAGAACCACGGCGCGAUCACGCGCCUCGAGUGGCUCGUCCAGCGCAUUGCACUGCACAAGGAGUUCUACAUGGUGGUAUAUGGCUCGUCGCCGCUGCCACCGCUCGAGUCGAUGGCCGUCAACGUCGACCUGCUCCUCCGGCUCUGGAGUCAGAACGCACCGGCGGCGCACGACGCGACGACCGAGCGCCAACUGGAACGCAUGGUCGUCCGGGCGUACGAGAAGCUCCAGCAGUACCCGCUGAAGAAAGCCAAACUGCUCUUGCAAAAGCUGGGGCCCGCGGCGAAAGAGAAGCUCAAGUCACUGGCGACGCCGGCCGCACCGUCGUGGGAAGACGCGUACGCGAGCGUUCUCGCCGUGCAGCAGAACACGGUCGCCAAGCUCCGAGGCCUCUGCGAGCGCAACCGGCGCGACCUCAUGGACGCGAUCAAGUCACUGCUCGUCAGCCCCCCGCGGCGCCAUCGGCCGCCGAAAGCGCAGGCAAAGGCAAGCGACAAUAUGGACGACGACCUCGAAGACCGGGAGGCGGUGCUGCGGCUUCAGAUGCAGCUCAUGGAGCAGUCGCUGCACGAGCGCGACGCGCGGACACAGAGCCAGGAGCGCGAGCGUGCGCUCGAGAUCCAACUGCUCGAGUACGAGCAUCAGAUUCGGCGGCUGCGCGACAUGGGGCACGGUGAGCCGGUGCGACCGCCCACCGAGAUCUUGUUGCCCCAAGCGACAGUCGUGCUGCCGACAUACCAGCGGCCUCGCUUGGUGCCAUCCGUGUCAAAGGGGGACAACCUCGCCGAGGAUGAAGAGAGAGCAGACAUGGUGUACACAUCGAGCGCUGGCCCUUCCUCGAUAGCGUCGGCCGCGCGUACGCCUGCUCUAGCGACGACGACACAAUCGAUGACAGCACCCAACAUGCACACGGCUUCGGCGACAGAAUUUACCACGUCUGCGACAUCCCACCGUCGCUUGUCGCAGCAGCGGUCCGAAACACCCGUCGACGACGCGAGCCUCGACGACGCAAUUGAAUGCGAGCGCUCGCCCGAGACGCCGACAGUCGUCGCACCGACCAUAGCCCGACGAGCCAAGCCUUUGAGAGACCGUGGUGCCAUUGCCGAGAGCGCCCGAAGCAAUCGGCAUGUACGUGCAGCGAGCCACCUCUCGGACGACGAUGACGUGGCCCCUCCAAAGACAAGUACCACGUCGUCGAGCGCCCAUAUACCUCCUGGAAAGGUCGCCCGAUUGAGCCAUGGUCGCGCCGCGCCGCCGCCACUGGCCAUCGACCCCUGGCAUUCUCGCGAGCCAUCACAUAUGGAGAGCGAGCACGGCAGCCCGCCGGCGCCGCGCGCGACGAUGUUCUUGUCCGACAUGACACCGGCACCGCGCUUGUAUCCUACCCAUCAAGAACGCUAUUGCGUCCCCUCUCUCGCGUCACCGACGCACAACACGUCGCGUCUGUGGCAGUCGAAAUUGCAGCGGCUCUUGCGUGGCUGGCGUCACUGGUGUCGGCGGCAACAGCGCUGCAAUGCGCUCUUGGCUCGCUGCGUAGCGUUCCGCGCCCAGCGCGCCUUUGCGGCGUGGAAGAGCCAUGCGGCGACGCAUCGACGUGCGGCGCACUACGCGCAGCAGCGCCUUUCCCAGGUUGCGGCCGCCUGCUUCGAGCGUUGGGCCAACGUCGGGCGGUUUGGCGCCAUCACAAAGUUUGCGUAUACCCGCCGCGCGAUCGCCCGUCUGCAGCGUCUCUUUCAAAAGUGGCAGUCGUUUGCCACACAGCGGGCGGUCGUCCGUCGCGCCCAAGCCACGUCCCGUUGCCGGGCCGAGCGCCAGUGCCUCCGGACAUCCUUCGCCGCGUGGCGCCAUGUGUCGCGCCUGUACGUCUUGCAGCGCCGCCACCGCCGGUCCCUCCAGCGCAGUCACGACCAUCUUGUUCUCUACAAGCGCUUGCACCACUGGCACCUCUUUGCACAGAGCCAACGCCGCCCCCGCAUCGCUAUCGAGCACUCGCUGCUCUCUCGGCGAACACAACGUACGCUCGCACGGACAUUGCAUGCGUGGCGACAGCUCCAGCGCGCGCUCGUGCUGGCCAACGACAUGCGGCGGCAGGCGCACUGGCGCCUCUGGCAGCGAUUCCAUGCCAAUGCACUGGCAGCGGGCCACCGCCGUCGUAAAGCGACACGCUUUUGUCUGCGCAAGAUCGUCGCGCACUGGGCAGCCACGAGCGUGGAUGCGCGCGAUGCGAGCCGCGCGUCGCAGAUCGCAUGCCGCCACGCGACGACCCACGGUAUGAAGCGAUCGUGGCGCUGCUGGGUGCUCUACACGUCCCGCCGGAAAAAGUACGUGCUCGGGUACCUCAAGGCGUACAAGCACCACAGUACGAAAUUGACGCGAAAGGUGUGGCGCGUCUGGGGCGCGGAAGCCGUGCUGCACCUGCGCCACCGACGCGCGCACAAGCAAGCGCAGCUCCGCAAGGUCUUUCUUGGGUUACGCCACAUGGUCUUUCUCGCGCGCGAGAUGCGACGCCGCGACAGCAACCUGCGCAAGCUCGCCGCGCGCAUGCAGCUGUCUACUGUCGUCGGACAUUGGCACCGAUGGCGGCGCUGGGCGCGCCUCCAAGGACGCACGAAGCGACUCGUGGCCCUGGCUGCUCAUCAGUCGCAAUGGCGCGUGCAGACGCGAUACUGGUCGCACUGGAUGGUUCGCCACGCCGUAGCGCGCAGUGCGCACAUGACAGCACUCGAAGACGCGACACGCGAGGCACAAGACGCCGAGGACGCGGCGGCCGACACAGUGCGCGCGCUCCAAGCGACCAACGAAGCACUUCUCGCACAGAUCGCGUCGUUGGAAGCAACGCUAGCGACCAAAGACGCGGCCCUCGCUGACGCCCAUUCGAUCGGUGUCGAGAAGGACGUUGCGAUUUCACAUCUGCGCGACGAGGUGGCGAAGAGUGAAAGGCAACAACGAGAGCACGAGACGCUGCUGCAUCUACAGGCACAAGCCCACGCCCGCGACCGAGAUGAAAUGGACGCCGCGGUGCAGGUCCACGUACAAGACGUCGAACGGCUCCAGCGCAUGCUGCUCGACGUCAAGCACGAGCUCCUGGCGACCUCGACGCAGCUCGAGCGCGAGAAAGAAGCCGUGCGCCGCCACACCGAACAGCUCGCGCAGCAAAACCGAAGCACCGCGGCGCUCCACGAGCAGCUCGCGGCGAUGGAAGCCGCGGCGCAGACAACGCAGAACCUUCUCGCCACCGAGCGCGCCGAACGCCAAGACGCGGCCGUGCGCUGUCACGAGUACGAGCGGCGCCUCGCGCAGACGUGCCGCGAUAUUCACACGCGCGAAGAAGACACGGAGCGAGAGCUCCAGCAUGCGCGCGAGACUGCGUAUGCGAGUGACCAGCAGCGCCUGGCUGUCGACGCCCGCAACGCCGAGCUGCUCAAGCUCCUCCACGAGAAGAACGCGCACGUGGCCGCGCUCUCGUCUCAAGUCGAGAGCCUCCGCAGCAGCGAGGCAAGCAAAGUGACGUCCCUUCUGCAGGACGUGCAGGCGACGAUCACCAAGCCAUCGAUCAGUCGCAGCAACCAAGAAGUGGCGCUUGAUACAGAGUUGGCGGCCCUUGACGUGCACACGAAAAGCAUCCAUGAUGACAUUCGGUCGCUCCAGGACAGGCUACUGCAGCGCCUGCACCAGGCACCGCUGCAUCCUGCGCCGCUCCACGCAGCCGCGACACCGCCCAAGCCAAAGCGUCGCGUCAAGCCCAAGACCACUUUGGCGCCAGCGCGCAGUAGCCCCAAGCCACCACUGUCGCUGUCCAAGAGACUGCUCUAG